AUGACGAGCAAGCUCCAGCCACCUCCUGGGGGUAAGAGUGUUCUUGUCUUCGGCUGCCAAUGUCUCUCUUUCGAUGCUGACGACUUCUGUCGUCUCCGUGCUACGGUACUCGACACACCAGAGCACGCUUGGGUCCAAAACGUUCUGUCAGAGCUACCAGUAUACUAUCGAACGGCAGCCUCUAAGUAUAUCCAGAAGCUAAAUAAAGUCCCAGGGACACAGCAGCUCUGGGAUGUGAACGAAUGGUUCCGCACAGGAGAAGUGCCGAGCGACAGUUUUCCGUUACCGUAUAUCCAGCUUGCACCGUUACUGAUGAUAAUCCACUUCACGGAAUACUGGCAGUAUAUGCAUCUGGUGCACUCAAAAUGUCAGGUACCCGACAAUCAGUCUUCUACGAGAGGCUCAAUUGUGGAGAUCGUGGGAUUCUGUAUUGGGUUCCUAAGCGCUGCUGUUGUUUCCGCUGCUGAUAGUCAAGAGCGGCUACGUGAAUAUGCCGCUGUUGCUAUCCGACUUGCGACAUUACUGGGCGCUAUUGGUGAUGCGCAAGAGAAGGAAGAGGAAUAUACCUCACUUGCAGUAGUGUGGAAAACUACUGACUCCGAGGAAGAGUUGCCAUUGAUUUUAGAGACAUUCCCAGGGUCAUAUACCACGGUGCGAUUCGACACCAAUCGAAUCACUAUCAUGACACCACGUCGGACUGUCACCCAACUAGAGCAGGCUCUGCAAUCGGCCGGAUUCAGCACUACCCAAGUCGAUUUCAAUGGCCGAUACCACUGGUCUGGACAUGGCGAUACACUAGAAGCGCUCAUUCAGAUGUGCUCUACGGAUCCGGCCCUGCAGCUCCCUGAAGCGUCGCAUUUAGUUCAUCCUAUCCGGGCUAAUAUGGCGAUGGACUCUGCACCUCAGGGUGCCCUUCACGAAUUGAUUUUACGGUCGAUCUUGGCAGAGCAGUGCCAAUGGCUUCAUACCUUCUCGGAGGUUUACGACGCUAAUCUAGAAAACCCUGAUACGCUCAUUAUCGAAUUUGGGCCGGAACGAUGCAUCCCACCCACAUUUAUGCGCAAGCUCCGAGGGCGAGUCGUGCACUUCGCAGAUCUUGAUCUCAACCCGCUCUGCAGGAUUUCCCUUUUGCAUGACACACCAAAAAGCUACAAUAACGAUAUUGCUGUAGUCGGCAUGGCCUGUCGUGUGGCUGGUGCGGAUGACCUGGAGGAGUUCUGGCAAUUGCUGUGCUCAGGCCAGUCACAGCAUCAAGAAAUGCCACCGGAGCGAUACCGUCAUUACGAGACGCCCUGGAGACCUAACGCAAUCCGACCUUGGCUUGGGAACUUUGUCCGGGACAUAGACGCCUUCGACCAUAAAUUCUUCAAGAAAGUGCCAAGGGAAGUCAUGUCUCAGGAUCCUCAGCAGCGCUUACUUUUACAGGUUGCGUACCAGGCGUUGGAGCAGUCAGGCUAUUUCCAUCGGUCCAACAUUACCAGGAACAUCGGGUGCUACAUUGCAUCGUGCACGGUUGACUAUGAACACAAUGUCAACUGUCACCACGCCUCCGCGUACGCUGCAACCGGGCUACUUCGAAGCUUCAUGGCAGGUAAACUCAGUCAUUACUUUGGCUGGCGGGGACCCGCAUUUUGUGUUGACAGCGCCUGCUCCGGGUCCGCCGUUGCACUUCAUCAAGCGUGCCAGGCUAUAAUCCGCGGAGAGUGUUCAGCUGCCCUCGUAGGGGGCGCUAAUGCAAUUAUGAGCCCUUUAGCAUACGACAAUCUUGCAGGGGCUUCAUUUGUGAGCCCUACGGGUCCUUGCAAGCCGUUCGAUGCCAGCGCAGAUGGAUAUUGCCGUGGAGAAGGAUUUGCAGCGAUCUUUAUCAAGAGGAUGUCGGAUGCCUUGGCGGAUGGUGAUAUGAUCUUGGGAACAAUCGCUUCUACAGCCGUCGAGCAGAACAACAACAAUACCCCAAUAGUAGUUCCCGACGCGGCUUCUCUUGCUGGGCUGUUUAGGAAGGUGACCAAAAUGGCACACCUCCACCCCCGAGACAUAUCAGUUGUCGAGGCACACGGAACUGGCACACAAGCUGGUGAUCCCGCAGAAUACUCCAGCGUCAGACAGGUCUUUGGAGAUCCACAGCGCACGGAGCCCCUAGCUCUUGGGUCUGUUAAAGGGCUGGUCGGCCAUACGGAAGGUGUAUCCGGCCUGAUUGCACUAGUCAAAGUCCUGUUAAUGAUAAACGAGGGCAUGAUCCCUCCACAACCAAACUUUCACACGCUCAAUCCUCACAUUAAGACAUUCCCAAACGACCAUUUGGAAAUCCCAAUAGCCCUCGAACAAUGGAAAACCAAGUUCCGGGCGGCAUUAAUUAACAAUUACGGCGCAUCGGGUUCAAACGCCUCGAUGGUCAUCACAGAGGCUCCAGGCUCUUUGGGAAACAAUAUGCAAUGUUCCAUCCACUUGUCUAGCCUCGCUCUGCCACUCCGGCUGUGUGCUUCCGACGAGGGCCGUCUACGUGAUUAUGCCAAACGAUUGCGGGGAUUUCUCCGCCGCAGAGUAAUAUCUGCGACGCACGCCGCAUCUUUAGCCAAUCUCUCCUUCAAUAUCUGUCGCCAGUCUAAUCCCACGCUAAACUCGCAAUUGGCCUUCAAAUGCCGCUCUCCAGGAGACCUUGAUUCCAAGCUGGCGGCAAUCAUUGACGGCGAUGUAAGUACUAUAUUCAAGCUAAAGAAGCCUCCCCGUCCAGUCAUAUUAUGUUUCGGUGGGCAAAUAUCUACUUUUGUCGGCUUGGACCGAACCGUGUACGAUUGCAUCUCGCUUCUCCGGUAUCACUUGGAUAGAUGUGAUUCCCUGGUACAGGCAUCUGGAUACGAUAGCAUAUACCCUGGUAUAUUUGAGGUUAACCCAAUUGCCGAUCCUGUGCAGUUACAAAUACAGCUAUUUGCCUUGCAAUAUUCCUGUGCUCGGUGCUGGAUUGAUUCUGGAAUAACAGUUGCCGCCGUCGUUGGCCAUAGCUUUGGUGAGCUAACCGCGCUAUGUAUCUCAGGGGCCUUGUCACUUAUUGACACGGUAACCCUAAUCACCCGCCGUGCGGCCAUCAUUCGUGAUAGGUGGGGCUCUGACAGGGGCUCGAUGAUCGCCGUGGAGGGGCGUAGAGAGGAAAUUCAAGGACUGAUAGAGGAUGCAUAUCGCAGCGGCCCUGCAAACAUCGACCCGGCAACAAUUGCUUGCUUCAACGGUCCAAGUAACUUCACGCUGGCUGGUACCACAGCCGCAAUUGAUGCCGUGCAAGGUUGUCUAAAAUUAAACACAUAUGCGAGUAUGAAGGCAAAAAGGCUGCCCGUUGCAAAUGCCUUCCACUCAGCGUUGGUUGACCCUUUGAUACCUGCCCUAGAGGGCGUGAUGCAUGGCUUAAGCGUCAAACAACCAGAUAUCCAUCAUGAGAGGGCAACGGAGCAGCUGUGGACAUCUACACCGUCGCACAAGAUAGCUGCAGAACAUCUCCGCCAACCGGUGUACUUCCACCACGCAGUGCAGCGACUAGCGGAUAAAUAUAGCGCCUGCGUCUGGCUAGAAGCGGGUUCCAACUCUACUAUCACCUCCAUGGUGAGCCGCAUUUUCAAGCCUUCAGCAGGACAUCAUUUUCAAGCCGUCAAUGUCACUAGCGAAGAUGGCAUUCAAAACCUGACUGAUGUCACUAUUAAUCUCUGGAAGGCAGGCGUAUCAGUCGCUUUUUGGGGGCAUCACCCCGGACAGACCAGAGAAUAUGCACCCAUAUUCCUUCCACCGUAUCAAUUCGAGAAAACCCGACAUUGGAUGGAAAACAAGCAACUCCCAACUUCUACUCUCACAUUGAACAGCACAGGCUUCAAUAAUUCAGAUACGUUCUGCUUUCUCGGAUACCAAGAUCGACAGCAGCGAGUCGCCAAGUUCAGCAUCAACACUUCCCAUCCAAAAUACCAGGAGUCUAUUGCAGGACAUGUAGUUUCACAUACCGCACCCAUUGCACCCGCGUCUUUCAUGCUAGACUAUGUUGUUGAAGCACUACGCAGCUUGCCUGAGGGGAGAGGGAAGGUACCUCAGGUUCAAAACGUCAUAAGCGAUGCGCCACUCUGUCUAGACACGUCGCGAGAUCUCUGGAUUGAAUUGUAUGCGCAGGACGAACAGAAACAGAUAUGGGAUCUAAAGUAUCUAAGUGAGAAUCGACAAAAGGGAUCGCGGUCACGAAUCCUUCAUUGUUCAGCGCGAUUUAUCAUGUUCGCUCCGGACGAUGCACAGAUGCAGAGCGAAUUCGCUAGGUACAGUCGCCUAGUCAGCCACCAUCACUGUAAAGAUCUUUUGAAUGACCCAGAUGUCGACGAUAUCAUCCAAGGACGGAAUGUGUACCGUACCUUUGCUGAGAUUGUGGACUACUCAGAGCUCUACCGUGGGGUUCAAAAGCUCGUGGGAAAGAAUAGUGAGUCAGUAGGCAAAGUAGCUAAGAGAUAUACUGGCGAGACAUGGACAGAUACGUAUCUGUGCGAUUCAUUCAGUCAGAUUGGUGGAUUCUGGGUCAACUGCAUGACCGAACGGGACCCUUCGGAUAUAUAUCUAGCCAGUGGCAUGGAUAGAUGGAUGCGAAAUCCAAUAUACGCCGACUCUGCCAAAUCCCGACCAGAGACAUGGGAUGUACUGGCGAAGCACGAGCGAGGGAACGAUUGCUAUACCAGUGAUAUAUUCGUCUUUGAUCCAACAAGUGGACAGCUUGUAGAGUUCUUCUUGGGGAUGCAGUACGCUCGUGUCAAGAAGGCAACCUUCGCUAAGAUUUUAAGCAAGUUCGUGCCAGAAUAUGCGCCUCCUCAGCUAGAGGAUACAGGGCUGAAGGCCACCAAAUCAAGCUCCGCUGUUGCAGGCUCAAAGGAUGCUGGAACGAAACCCCAGAAAAGCAGGACUAAUUCCAGGAUUAGUCUCUCAGGUCGUAUUAAGGCAGUUGUGGCCGAUUUCUGUGCCUUAGACCCCAACAUGAUCACCGAAGACGGCAACAUGGCCGAUGCUGGGGUGGACUCGCUCAUGGCUAUGGAACUGGCUCGCGAGUUGGAAGAAGCUUUUCAGUGUACAUUGCCCGCCGCGCAGCUUAUGGAGGCCGACACAUUCCAGGAUCUGGUUAAAUGUGUGAAGACCGCCGUGGGGGAACGCGAGAAUGACGAACACAACAAUAGCGACAGUCUAGAGGAGGCGAGCUUCCAAGACAGCAUUCCUCAUAGGGAUGCUGACACUGCCACCUCUGGAUCGGCUACCAGUGUUUCGUCGAAUACUCCUGACCUCCAAUUAUCCCCCCGAAUUGUUCUCGAGGCAUUUGGAGAGACAAAGGCCCUUACCGACCAAUUCCUAUCGGACAACCAGUGUAGUGGCCGCGUACAUAUCUUUGCCCCGCUACAAAUCCAGCUGUGCAUUGCAUUAACUCUCGAGGCAUUUGAAGAACUUGGAUCUUCCCUCCGCACUGCCUCGGCAGGCCAGCGACUCGACCGCAUUACGUUUGAUCCACAGCAUCAAGAAUUAGUCAACUACCUCUACAAUCGACUGGAAGAAGCAAGGCUGGUUGACUUAGAUGGCACUAGGGUCAUCCGCACUGCCGUUUUAGCGCCCAUCCAAUCUAGUACCUCCAUUUUAGAGCAGAUCGAGCGCUCCUUUCCAGAGUACGCUGGAGCCAGUAAGUUAGCCUAUUUCACGGGCAGCAAGCUGGCCUCUGUUUUGCGCGGCGAACAAGACGGCCUUCAAUUGAUAUUUGGAACCAAGGAAGGUCAAGAACUGGUAUCUUGGAUGUAUGGUAACGAACCACACAAUGUUGUUGGUUACAUGCAGAUGUUGGACUUCAUCCAGCGGCUGGUACAGAAACUAACAACAGAGGGGGUGGAUAGGGGACCACUGAAGAUCCUCGAGAUGGGAGCAGGUACCGGUGGUGGCACUAAAUGGUUCCUGCCUGUUCUAUCAAAGCUUGACAUUCCGGUGAUAUACACCUUCACUGACAUCUCACCCGCGUUCCUUGCCCAAGCCAGACGGCGUUUCAAGGAGUAUUCUUUUGUGCAAUAUCGUGUACACGAUAUCGAGAAGCACCCGGCUGAUGAUCUCGUCGGCACGCAGCACAUCAUCAUAGCCAGCAACGCUGUUCAUGCUACAUCCAAUCUUCGGAACUCCAGUCGAAACAUGCGACAGGCUCUGAGGCCAGAUGGGGUGGUCAUGAUGUUGGAGAUGACUCAACCAGCGUUUGCGAUUGAUAUUGUCUUUGGCCUAUUCCGCGGCUGGUGGGUCUUCAACGACGGUCGCAACCAUGCGAUUACCAACGAACAGCGCUGGGAGGAAGAUUUGCACUCAGCGGGGUAUGGCCAUGUAGACUGGUCAGAUGGCCACUCACCGGAGGUUAGUGUACAGAGAGUUAUCUUUGCCACAGCUUCAGGUAUGCAGGGUCAGCGCUUGCCGCUAGGCAGCUCCAUUGACGAAGUGCCUGUCGGGAUGAAGGUAGAUAGCACCACUCGCAAAGUAGUGACCGAUAACUAUAUACGGGCCGGCAUUGAUAGGUUCUCUGCUCCUGAUGCUUCCACAUGCGAUUCUAAGACAGACCAGCUGGUCGUGUUGAUAACCGGAGCAACCGGUAGCCUUGGGAGCCAUAUUGUGGCACAUCUCGCCGAACAGCAAUCUGUAAAGGCGAUAUACUGCCUGAACCGAAGGAUUCCCAAUGAGGAGCCUGUUCAGCGGCAGACUCUGGCAUUCCAGAAGCGUGGGAUCUGCAUGACUACUCGUGCGAUGGACAAAAUAAAAGUAUUUGAGGCAAUCACCUCCAAAGCCAACCUAGGGCUUUCGUCGGAACAUUACAACAUGCUUAAAGCAACCGUCACCCACAUUAUCCACAAUGCCUGGCCGAUGAAUGGAUCUUCGCGUCUAUCAAGCUUUGAGCCGCAGUUUCAAGUGAUGCGUAAUCUGGUCACCCUUGCAAGGGAGGUAGCAAGUGCUCAUUCAGUGGAGUGGGUGUUGAGGUUUCAGUUUAUCUCCUCUAUUGCCACUGUCGGACAUUAUCCGUUUAUCACUGGCCAGAGUGCUGUCCCGGAAGAGCCAACAAGCAUCGAAUGUGUACUACCCAGUGGGUACGCUGAGGCCAAAUUUGUCUGCGAACGAAUCCUGGAGCAGACUCUGCAGCAAUAUCCCGAUCGCUUUCAUGCGAUGGUUAUCCGCCCAGGGCAAAUCUCUGGCUCUUCGAGCAGCGGAUACUGGAACACCUCAGAGCACUUCCCAUCCAUGGUCAAAUCGGCACAAACACUUAAGGUGCUUCCGGACUUCAAGGGCGAUCUUUCAUGGACGCCUGUAGACGCCGUCGCCGCCAGCGUGGUUGAGAUACUUCUCCAAAGCAACAUUCCGUAUCCGGUGUAUCACUUAGAUAACCCCGUCCGCCAGCCGUGGCAAGAUAUGAUCCCUAUCCUAGCAAGCAAUCUUGACAUUCCUGCCACUAAUAUCGUUCCGUUCUCUGAAUGGAUCCGGCGGGUCCGUAGCUUUCCGGGUUCGAGAGAAGAUAACCCAGCAAGUGUGAUGGUGGACUGGUUGGAAAACAACUUUGAGCGCAUGUCAUGUGGGGGGUUGUUACUGGAGCCAACGAAGGCGCGGCAGCAUUCUUCGACUUUGGCGCGGGUUGGUCCGGUGAAGGAAGAGAUCACUCGGCGGUAUUUCGAAAAUUGGAAGAAGUGUGGGUUUCUCCAUUAG